AUGGAACAAAAAUUUAAGUCAUUUUUAUAUAUUAAAAUUCCUACCUUUAUACUUUUAACUUGGAUGUGUUAUUUUUACAUUUAUAUGAGUAGGCAAAGUAAAUCAUUGGUUGAAUGCUACAACCAACAUAGACGGUUAUACGCAAAAAAUUACCGUUUACUGGCAAUAUAUAAGCAAGAUAAGGAUUCAAGUAUUGUGUAUUUAAAAAAAGAGAUACCAAAUCGAGUAAACAAUAUAAAUGAUAUAUUUAAUAAUGAAAAAUAUUCCUCGGGAAAAACUAAACAAUUAAAUGGGAGUUCACAAGGAAAUAAAAGAAGACAUCAAAAAGAUGUGAAAAAUAAAUCUUGUAUAUUUGAAAAGAAAAAAUAUUCCCAUUUAGAAAAAAAAAUCUUCAAAGAACUUGAUUACGUAGAUUUUCUCAAAAACAACAAAACAAUUAGUGAUAAGAUUUACAAAAAAAUAAUGAUUAAAAAAUGCGUAUUACGAGUAGCUUUACCAUUAUUACUGUUUUUAGUGUUAGCGAUAUCAUUCAUAUUAGAUAAUUUUUGUAAAUGUGGGUUUACAUAUGGUUUGCUUAAAGUAAUAAUUCUUAUUUCACCUGCUUUAGAUGCUACUAAACUUCGAGAAUAUUCAUAUCUUAAAGAUGUUGUAAGUCUUGAUAAGAUAUUUAAAGGGGAGACUUCUCCCGCUCUAGCAAUUUUGCAUAUGUGGUUGACGAAAUCACCUUUAAAAGGGUUUACACAAGCUUUGGUGGAACCCGGAAGUGGUAAUGCAAAGGAGGUGAGAAACUACUGUAUGUCAGGUUUUUUGGGAUUUCUUAUAUAUUUUGUACCCAUAUUCAUAUUAAGUAUAAUUCUUAUAUCAGGACUCGUUUACUAUCAUAAAAAAGUUAAAAAAUAUGAAAAAAUUAGAUUCAAGAAAAGGUAA